AUGAAUCUCUCUUACAAUUUAGGAAUGGUUAAGAGGAGAGAGGAGGAGGUAGAGCGAAAACCCGGCGAUGGGGGGCUGGCGGUCGGCCAGAUAAAACACGAGCAGCACGGCAGCCGGGGCAGCGGCAGAGCGCGCCGCCGCCUCACGUGUCCCGCACCGGCCCGGCCGCGCCGCCACCGCAGCUUUAAAGGGCCAGGCCGGGCCCCGGCGCUCGCCGCCCGCACUCGCCCGCCAACAAAGGCCGGGCCGGGCCGGGCCGCUCCGCUCCGGGACGCGCCCGCCGGGCUCGGUCCCAUGUCGGCCCCGGGCAGCGCGGGUCCCUCGCCGGCGGUGCGGCCGCCGGGCAGGCGCUGCCAUCGCGGUGCGGGCUCGGCGCCUCGGGAGACGGCCGCCGCCGGGAAUGUGCUGCCUCUAGGGAUACAAGAGAGAGGGGAAGAGCAGACACAGGAACCUUGAGUGCACCAAUCAGAUGGGCCAGAGCAUCAUGGGUGGGUCUUCCACUAUUUUCAUCCAGCUGAUGGGACCAACAGUGGCUGUUGCUUCAUAAUCAGCAACCUGGAGAUGGCUCUGAGAAUGCUUUAGGGAGGCAUGACUGUGACUGACAAAAAAGACCCAGAAAAGAACAUUAAGUCUCACUCUCAGGCCUUGUCUCCACUGGGGAAUUUCUUCCCUCCUCCAAAUUCCCACCAUUGCCAAUAUGAAUGCAGCUGCACAAUUGUUAGACAUGUUGGGAGGCAUAAUAUAUGAGUUUUCAUCUAGUCAGCCAUUUGCAGCACUGUGUCAAUUAACCCUCCUCAGAGCAGGGUUAACUGAUAUAGUGCUGAAAACGGCUGCUGGAACUGAAAGCUGUCUAUACUACGGUUCCCAUUGUUGCUAACUCUGCUGCAGCUGCAGUGGAAUCAGCCCACGUGGGAUUAUUUGGUAACAAUUCUCCAACCUAAAAACUGCUUCAAAAUGCAACACAGCCACCUUAUGGGCCAGAACACACUUCUGCUGCACCUCAACAGCUAUGCACCCRGGCUGUCACCAUUCAUAAUAGGAUUUCUUUCAGACCAGAAGGUAUUUUUUGCAUUUCUGUGUGAAAUACCCAGUACUUCAUCUCAGCAAACUGGUGGUCCUGUCACCCCCAUAGAAUUGCUUCUGCUCAUUAGUUCUUACUAACUCUGGACUUGAAGAUGUGUGUUGGAAGGGCCAAUUUUCUGUUAUUGUCUUUUCAUUAUAUUCAGUAAUUCAAAAUAAA